CGGCUGGUGAUGGAGCAGAGCCCUUUGGUAGUGCUGGAGCUGGGUUCCCACUGUGGGUACAGUACUGUGAGGAUCGCCCGGGCUUUGCCACUGGGUGCCAGGCUCUACAGCGUGGAGAUGGACCAGAACAAUGCUGCCAUCACUGAGAAAAUCAUCCGCCUGGCAGGGUUUGAUGAUGACACGGUAGAGCUCAUUGUGAACCCAUCUGAUGAAGUGAUCCCUCAGCUGCGGUCUAACUAUGGGUUGGAAAGGAUAGAUUUUGUCUUUAUGGACCACUGGAAGAAAUGCUACCUCCCUGAUCUGCAGGUACCACAGUAAAUUAUGUAUGUAGGAAAACAUAUUUUAUUGUCCUGUCUGUCAGAGGUAUGACUGGAGAAAAUGAGCAGUUUAAGAUUAUAGCUAGUGUGUCGCCCAUAUG